GCGCUCGGCGAUGGGCGCCGGCGGGGAGCGGGACACGCGUGGGAGGGGGGGAGCUCGGGGCUGAAGCGGCCGCCCAAGGCCAGCCCGGGCGCGACGAUGAGGGGCAUCCCGGGCUUGAAGCGGCUGCGGCUCAAAAUCUGGCGGCGAUGCACCCUGGUGCUCCUCCUCCUCUGGGCUGCCUGCUGGGUGGUGGUGAGCGCCUUGCUGUUCCUCCUCCACAGGAGCGUCUUCUCCGAGCGCUGCACGGACGAGAAAAGCCACCGGAUCCUGGCGAGGCUGUGUCUUGACUACAGCAGCGGAACCCUGACUGGCGACCUCUGUGAAGACCUGUGUGUGGCACAGAAGCUGGUGUACAAACACUGCCUUUACUAUGACAGAGGUAAGAAGGUCAUCCAGGCUGACUGGAGAGGCCAGCCCAUCAUCCUGAAAUCCAAAAAGGAAAUAUUCUCUAGCUACCAGCAUCUCAGUAUGCUAGAGGAGGUGGAAGCCCAGGAUAUUCCUGAAACAGAGCUUCUGCUGAUGGUAGCCUUGGAGGUCAAAAAUGUCCUGGGGCUAGAGCUGUCUAACAAUACCAUGGGGCCCCUGUGGACACAGAAGAAGGGACCACGUUGGAAAGCACAGGUGGCCAGCAUGUGGUCCUUGCUCCAGCAGGAAGAAUAUAUCUACUUCAGUUUGCUGCAGGACUUCAGCAAACACGUGCUACGAAUCAUUGGCUCUUGUGGACACUUUUAUGCUGUGGAGUAUCUCACAGCUGGACAUGCCUGGCACAAAACUCUUUUUCCCUUGGAAAACAUGGUCGGUCCCUCCCUUGCUGGCCACAGAAGCAGCGUGCGAGCCAUCACUGACAUUGCACUCAGCUUUCUGGACAUGGUGCAGCAUUUUGAUAACGAUUUCUCUCACCGGCUUCACCUGUGUGACAUCAAACCAGAAAACUUCGCUAUCAGGCACGAUCUCACGGUGGUGGCCAUUGAUGUGGAUAUGGCCUUUUUUGAACCCAAAAUGAGGGACAUCCUUGAACAGAACUGCACAGGAGACGAAGACUGUAAUUUUUUUGAUUGCUUUUCAAAAUGCAAUCUGAAAAUCAGAAAAUGUGGAGCGGAGCGAGCCAAUAACAACUUGCAAGUAAUUUGUGACAAAAUAUUCCGUCGCUGGUUCUCCCCAAAUCUCAGAGGACCGUUGGUUUCCCUCCCCCUGCAGCUGCAGCUGCAGAAGGCUGUGCAGGAGUGUGCCCAGCCAGGGCACGGGGAUGCUACUGGGCACCAGAGGACUCUGAAAUCUCUGUCCGAGUUGUACCGCCUGCUUCGGGUCACUCAGCGAGAGCUGCAAAGGGCAGGGUAGUCACAAAAGGCAGAACUGCAAAGGCCACAUCUCAGCCACUGCUAGGGGACGGGACGCUGUCUGUGAGGCAGUCUGUGUCUUCUUUCUCUGUCUCCAACCCCUCCUACCCAUUGUGUUACAUUUACAGCAGAGAGAUUGUUUUUCUACUGUGCAAAUGAAAUUAAUGGCUGCAGGUGCAGCACAUCCUGUUAAUAGCCUUUCAAGUGCAAAAUUGUUUUACAUUACCUGGACUUCUGCUCUUGCUUAUUUUCCUAAGCUAGCGCUAGUCCUCUCCAUCAGCAUUCAGCACGUCGUUUGCUUACCAAGACCUGCUCAGAUAGCACCUGUCUGAGUGCAGUGCUCAGAGUGAGGAUGCAUUUACAGAAGAAAAAUGCAAGUAAGUGCAGCGAAACUAAUAUCAGUAAAUAAAAUAGUGGGUAGGUGGGUGGGGAUAAGUACAUGCACGGUGUUCCUUUGAAUUUCUCUGUAGAAUGAGCUUUUUCUAAGGUAGGGACAGAGUGCUCUGUGUGAAAAAGCAAUCUCAAAUAGGGAAGAGUAUUGUCACAUGAGUGAGGAGCGUUUUUUGCAUAGAGCCGUAUUUUCUGAUGUCCCCAGAUGCAUUUUCUCUGGUAUGUUGCAUUACCGGUGCCAUAGCUAACUUUCUGGGGAGAAAUUAUAUGAAGGUACUUAGGACUUUUCUAGAGCAAAAUAAUUAUACCCUUGUUGAGUUCCCAUGUGGGCACGUAUAUUCUGCUGUAUGAAUAACGCCACUGAAUUUUCCCAUGUGAACAAGCCCUCCAGCACUUGUACAUCAGAGCACUUGAUAAGAAGCACUCCUUUGCCAGAGAGCAGAAUUACCCCUGAAUACCAACAAACAAUCUGUCCUUUGCACUGAACAAAACAGUAUCCAGACCCAAAGUUUUCUUACACAGUGUUUUUUUAAUGAAUAAAAGGAAAUUUUUCAUAAGAAUUCAUUAUCUUACAGUCAUUUACAUAAAGAUCCCUAGAUUAACUUAAAAUCAUUAACUUUGCCUUUCAAAUGUGUGUAGCUGUGGCUGGAGAAUCUAACACACAGGUUCGGAAGACGCUGAAUGUGUUUAGGCCCAAUACUGAACAAUAUACCUGUGGGCUGGUUUUGUCAUGAAGACAUUAAAAACCCCACAAACAGAAAAGCAAACAGCCUAUGACAGACCUCAGCGCAGAAGGAGUCUUCAAUAUUAAGACUGACAAUACUGGUUUGUAGAUGUGAGACAUAUAACAACAGCUAAUCUUCUUUGUCUUUGUAUCCAUCAGCCUUAUGACAGCCCUGAAGCCUGUGAGCUCUAAUUAUACAUAAACUUUAAAUUUCUGGAGUAGUUCUUUGAAAUGAGGUUAAAGUGCCCAGGACCAGAAAACUGUGAGCUGCUUGGGAAACCUUAACACUUACCCAAAGCUAGCUCAAAUUUUCAGACUUAUGCUAGGUUUUUUAUAUUUCUUGACAUAAACUACCAUUAUUUUAAAAAUCUUACAAGCUCUCACGAAGCUCUUGAGGACAAGAUCGGCUGCCUUGCUUGGGGCUGUGCUGAAGACAAGCUGCUGCUAAGCUGGAGCUACAGUUUAGGAGCUACUGACUGGUGAAGUUGUGCUCAGCCCCUGCUUCUUCUCUAACAAGGGAGACGGACAAUGUUUCGAUACUUUAUGAUCAUCCUUCACAAAAGCAGAAAAGCAAAGCAGAAUAAGAAGAAACCCAAAUUCCAGAACAUGCCCAGUUACAAAGUUGUGAAACUGGUAGAGGAGAAAAUAAUUAAGGGUGGAAUCAGAUUAUGGUAUAGGUUUGGAGACAGAUAAAGUAUCAGGUAGAGAGAAGAUGGGGAAAAAGAGCCUAAAAAGAAAGAGGAAAAAUGAAGUAAAAAAUAUGGCUCGCUUUGUGAAAACAUGAUUUAUGAUGUAAGAUUGAAUAAAUUGGCAUUUAAUCUGAGGAAGAAGAAACUGAAGAGAAGCACUGUAGCACUCCUCAGAAACAGAAAGAGACUGAUAAAAAGGAGUGAACUGCCCCGUCCAGCUUUCCUUGAUGGAUGUGCCACGCAGUGAGCUCAAAUUGUUAGCAAGGAAAAUUCAGGCUAGACACUUGUUACAGGCUUUGUAAUAGUAAGGAACAGUGGAGUUAUGACACAGAUCAUUUGGGAAAACGUCAGUCUUUGUAAGUUGUGAUUUUUAACUACAGGCAAGAGUGAGUGCCUGUCAGGAAUGAUGUACAUACAGUUACGUUAAUGAUCCUGCCUUGAGGUAGCCUUUUAUCUCCAAGUUCUGUGAUUCUGUUAUUAACAGCUUGCGUUUGUGUUCUUGUGACUCCCUCAUAACAAAAUCCACCCUUCUGAGACACAGGGAUAGGCAGUUCUCCUUUACCUUAAUAGAUGCAAAUCCGUGGGGUCCCCUGGGAAGGGAAGGCACCGAGAUCUCCAACUGUGCAAAUGGUGCUACAGAGGCUGGUGGUGUGAUUGGGGUUUGUGUGUUCCCCACAUGACCUCCCUGCUGAAGGUCCUGAUCCUUGCUAGGUCAGGAGAGACUCAGUAUAUACCCCAAAUGCUGCUGAGGAACCUGAAGAUCUUGUACGCUACUGCCCUCCUGUUUCCCUGGUUCCAUUAAUUCUUUCCUCCCUCCCAAGCCCGGAGGGUACCAUCAGGGAAAAGCAAGCAUCAUGCAGACACUCGGCGCUUUGCCGCAGUGUUACACUCCACCACGGCAGGGCUUCCCUUCCCAUUUUCAGGUUUGCAUUUCAGACAGGCUAAAUUUCCGUUGGAUUUGAUGUUUCAGUUUUAAAACUGGUGGAAAAAACAUAGCGAAAUGAAACCCGGUAGCAGCAAAGGCUGGUGGAAUGUCACUCUGCUCAGAAGGUCCUUCUCCUUGUCAGGAUUUAGGAAGGGAAGCUGCCUUUAACAGAUUUCUCCAACCCCCUCAGGGCCUGGCUGCAGCCACCUCCACCUGGCAGGGGCCUGCUUCCCCCACACCACACGCUUUCCCAGGUCAUUAGGUUUCACUUCUUCUUUUCACAGCACAGAGAAUAAUCCUCAGAAACCUCUCAGGAGUGACACAAAUGCGUUAUUUGUACUUGGCUGGGCUGUGAGACUGCGUUUCACUGAUUCAGCCGGCUCCGGCUGGCCUUGGUGCACCUUCACUGGUGGGCGGCAGGACAAGGAAAAUCUGACAGGCUGUGUGAACACAGGGCUCGAUCCUUCACUGCCCCCCGGGCGCCUUGUAAAGUCACUCAGACCUGGGAAACGGGAGAGAAAAAUACCACCAGUGAAGCAAGUAAAUAUUUCAAUUUGUUCAGCACAGGUACCAAUGACCAAAACAGGAUUAAAAUAGUAGUUGUGCCUUGAUCUCCCUGGGACAGAAAGAAAAGAAAAUGAAGAUACUGGUUUAGCCUUAAGGAGGCAGGUGCAAACUGCAGUCAUUUGAGCCUGUGCUAUUUUACACCCGCAAUUUUGAUGGAAAUACCUAUACAGGUGCUUGACAAGGAGAGCCAGGCUCACGUGGCCUGGUGCUCCCUCCCUACAAAGCCCUUUUCAUACCGCCUUGGCAGCGCUGCCCACCAAAAAUAGCCCUGGCAUAAAGAGAUACCCAGCUGGCAGGGGCUUCGGGGGGCACAGCCAGGUCAGGCGGGUGUUGAAUGAGAGUCCUGUGUGCUGUUGGACCCGGGCUGUUGGCACUGUUUGUUGCCAUACAACAGCCAGCAGUGAUAGUGGGGAAACUGCAGUGAAGCGUUCCUGGGCUCCGGUUGGAAAAUUAAAAGUCAUCCAAAAUGAUAUCAUGCACUACAAGAGGUUUGGGGUUGUUUCUUUGUUUGUUUGGUUUGGUUUUUUGUUUUGUUUGUUUGUUUUUUAACACCAAACCUCUCAAUUUAAAAUGCUUUUAAGUCAAUUUUGAAAAUGUCUAACAUACUCAGUUUUGACAGUUGCUAUCUGGAAAAAUUUGCAAGUUAUUUUCUCACUUUUAGUUUGUUCAUACUGAAAAGGUUUGCAAAGCCAAAAAACAAAGACUGAAAUGCAUCAUAAUUUAAAAACCAGUGGUUUUGUCUGGUCUACACAGUGAAGCUUGUUAGUACCUUCAGCAUUUUCUGAUGUUUGCUUUUCAUCCAGAUUCAAAUGAGAAAUUUUAUGAAAACUCAAAAUCUUUUGCAGACGCUUUUUCACUGAGCCCCAGUCAUCAGAUGCAGAAAAGAGGAGAUCCACAUACAGUCUUUGAAGUCACCUUUGCUUCCUACUUAAUUUUUGCUUUGUGCUGUUAACUUGGGCUGCAAUGGUUUCUGCUUGGUUUCUCUCAGGUAUCUCCAAAGCAACUUCCUCCUGGCACCUGUGUUUAAUGUCAAGUUCACCACAGCUUUGUGAAAUCAGAGACUGCAUAAGAUUCUUCAUGCUCUCCAUCCCCUCUGUAUAAAAGAUGACUCCUCUUAUAUAGGUUCACUAAUAGCAGUUGGCUGCACUGGGAAUGGCCACUUAAUCCAGGAAGGCUGUUCCCUUGAUCAAUUAAUCUCAGUCCCAUCUCUUUGCUCGGUCAGUCUAUACCUGAAUCCUUUUUGCCCUAUAAAACUGGCACUACCCCUUGAUUCAUUUCUACUACUUGCUGCAUUAGUGCCUUACUCAGCAACUUUCUCCCUGUAUUUAUGGCUCUCUGUGAAACAGGAAUGGCAUUAAGUCAUUGUUUAUUCCUUCUUUGCAUCUCGGUUAGCAGCAUGUGCUUCAACUCUGCAAUAAUCUAAAUACACUGUCUAUUCCCACAUUUUACAAGAGGUGAGUCCAGUUGGAGGUCUACUUCAUAAUCUUUAGGAAAGACAAAUUCAACCUUUUGCUCAAGAUUUUCACAAAACAACUACUUAAAUGCAGAUUUUUCUCCAAUUGUCAUUGUAUGCUCUGCAAAAACAUCCACAAGCAACAGUCCCACACUAGGGUGGUGUGAAACAGAGCAAAACUCCUUGCCCCAAGGGAUUUACAUGGUCUCCUUUGUGUUUUGAGGCUGACUUCAUGGUGACUAUCCCAGAACAGCAGGUCAUUGUAUAGCCACGGUUUUUCACAUAGAAACUAGUACUCCCUAGUGAGAAUCCACAGUCCCCACCUCCACUGAGAGCAUUCAGAUAUAUUGCUGGAGGAAGCACUAGAGAUAACAACAGAUAUUUGGGACUGGAGGAAAAGAGAGGGAAGGGUGUGUUUUCUUAUUAGAAAUAUUGACUCAGUAAAACACUUCCUACAGGUGAAAGAUGGGAUCAUGAACUUGAAAGAGUUAGAGACUCCUCACUGACUUAUUUUUUCUUCAUUAAAAAAGUGUAAACCCAAGCUGCCCUUUUUAAUUUCAUAUGUAGUUUUCAGAAAAAAAAAAAAUAAAGGAGCCACAUACCAUGUUGCCUGUCUUUCAGCAGAUCAUAUUGUUCUAUGUAAUAGGCAGGAAGGUGAUAAAUUGCAGCUUUUAAUGAGUAUCAGGCUGUAACAUCAGAGCCUUGUGGUUGUAAUAUCAGUUCACACAUCUAGACAACCAACUGUAAAAAACUCCAUAACCAGGACCAGUGGAAACAUACAAUCAGAUCAGCAUCUAGGCAGAUGCUCUCGGAAGCCUUGUACACAUGAAUGAUGAAAUCCCUCUGUCGGGGUUGACUUGCAGUGAGUCCAAGCAACAAGCAGAGUCACUCUGCAGGAGCCUCAGUUGCUGCCACUUUCUUGGAUCCUCAGUGAAAUCAGGAGAAAGGCUACUAGGCUUUCAGUAGCAGAAAAAGGCAGUUACACGUAGGGAGGGAAAGAAUGAGUUGCUUGGAAGAAUGAAAAUCCAGGACGACUGAACUCAGAACUGAAGCUAUUAAGAGACCCCUUACUGAAAAAUCAGAGAACAUCAGUAAAUUGAUUGGAAAAAAAACCACAAAUACUUCUUUUAUAGCUAUUGCAAAUACAAAAAAAAAAAAAAAAGAAUAGCAGCACUGGGGAUAUAGUGCAGGCAUCUCCAAAGCCAUUUGUUGUAUGCAUCUAAGGAUCUGUCAGGUAGACUGCAGAGCUGUGUAAUGAUGUCUGCAGCCUAAAGGCUAGACAGAAUAAAAUAAUUUAGCAAAAUCUUUUAGAACUAAUAUUUACAUAAAUGCAGAAAACUGCUCUAAUUAGUAACAGCCUAUGUCAGUCAAAAAAGGAGAAAAGAGUGCUUUUCUCCAUAGAAGUGCUAUUAUGUCUAUAAGUAAUGGCAAAGUGUUGAACCAUAAUCCCUUGGAUUUUUAAAGGUUUGAUUCUGCAGGCUUGGGCCCCUAAACAGCAGAGUGAUUGCUGAGCUCCUUUAAACUCUAUGAUUAUUGGUGCCUUCUGCAAUAUACUUUGAGCUCCUUUUUUCUGUAAACUGGAGGGGCUUUUUCCUACACUACAUAUGUGCCUAAGUGGUGACGGCAGCCAGAAGGAUGUGCAUAUGAUCCAGUGCAUAAUCACUUCCACAAGCAUCUGCUGCUAGUGCUUUCAAGAUACAUGUAAUCCAAGCUGGAGACUGUUGUGAAUACUUCUUAUUUUCCCUUGCUGGUUCCUUAGUGGUUUGCUUGUAGCUAGUUAGAAACAGAAUCCCCCCCUCCUGCUUAAAUUGGUUAUAAUCUCUCCAAGAUUCACGCUACAGCAGGAAAAGACCAAACUGCAUUGAGUUCAGGAUGGGUUCAUUCUCUUAAAGGCACGAUAUGCAAAGCUGCAGGAAAGAACAGAGGUUAAUUUUUAUUUCUAAAGAAGAGGUUCUCUAGCUAAAUGUAAGUAGCUGAAAAAAUAGAUGUUUCAACCAAUAUCCUGUGUACAUUUAUGAAUUAACGUUCGUCUGUAUUUGCAUAAUCUAAAGCCCGCUGCUCCUUUCCCAUUCAAAAGAAAAUUUAAAAAAUCAGAACUUAUUUUCUACUCCAAAUUUCACAGGUAUGCCAAUUACUUCUUUCCCAUUUCUAUGUCAGACAUUUCAGAUUGUAUCUUUGUCCUUAGGAGAUUGAUUUUUUCCAUUAUGCCAAGAAAGGGGUUAUCUGGAAAAGUACAGUUUCCAAAAAUUAAUUGUUUCUCUUGUUCAAGGGUUAUUAAGUACCAUUCUAAUCUUGCAGAGAGUUAUCAGUGGCUAAAUAUUUAUUACAUGAAACCGGGGCUUGAUUAAUGGACUCAGUGUCUAACAAUAACUAAAUAAAUUUCCAUGUAAUUACUCCAGUGUUCAGAAUUUCGCUUUUAAUGGAACAAUACCAGUAUUAUCCUAUCUGAUUCUAGAUUACAUAUCUACAAGUAAGUGCUUUGCCAAACUUAUGUUCAGAUCUGCUUUCGCAUGGGCUAAGACUACAACUGACUCUUGGCAAAACUGUGUGCUGGGACCAGAGCACAGAGGAACAAAAAUAAGUCUUACAAACUUAUAUCCAUGGUCUUUCUUUUAGACAUCAUAUUUGACUGUUUGUGGAGUAAAAGCAGUGUGUGUGCACACAGAUACUCAGGCAUCUGUUUGUUGGACUGUAAAUUCAUGUAACAACUGCUCAGCGAAUAGCUCACAAAUGUCUGGCAUAUUUGUUUUUCCUAGUAUAUUUGCUAUAAAUUGGGAGAAUGCAAGAGUAAUUAGCAACAUGAAUGAGCGUCACACAGUGUAGAGAAAUAAUGAA